UCCCCAGCAGAUAAGAUGUUGUGUAUUUUAUCAUACCGUCCUCAUCGUCCUCAUAGCUUUGUCCAUCACUGAUGCCACUGGUUCAUCCGUGUCCUGUAGUUAUGAGACAUCCGGUCGAAGGAAAUGCAAAUUUUCAGAGUGUCUCAAGACAGGUUGUCCGGGAUCGUGGUGUGAAAAUGAGGUAGGCCACCAGCCGUUGACUAACCACGCUCGACAAAUGGGACAAAGAUGUUGGCGAAAGAAAACAGAAAGUUUAAGGACAAUAAGCACGUCAACUCGAGAGGAGACGUCUGACACCCCCACGAUGACCCAAGGAAGGUCAACUGAGGAGAUCACAACCACAUUUCAAAGUACAUCGGUAAGCCCACUACCGACGCAAUAUGAUCAAACAACAGCCACCCAAGUUCCAGGCAACCUCGUGACCAAAAUACUGAUAACCGAUGCACAGAAAAAGAUAUAUCUGGCAGAUCUAUCGACCUUCACUUUCCAAGUUCAUAUAUCUCUUGAAGGUGAACCGUGGGAUAUUGAUUUUGAUGAGACGGGACAAAAGAUCUACUGGACUGAUAUAUCAGAUAAUGGCUUAUGGUGUGCAGACAUCGAUGGUUCCAAUGCCGUGAGGAUAAGGACAAGCACAUAUGAUGGCCCUAAAGGUUUGGCUAUAUCCCAAACAUCUCGUCAGGCUUUUUGUGCAUAUGAAGGUAGUCAUGUCGUAACUGCUACCGACCUUAAUAGCCCAGGCUCUGAGAUGGUAAUUAUAAAUCCUACAGGGGACAAUCCUAGGGCUAUCGUAGUUGACGACGAACAAAACGUAAUUUAUUGGACACGUACCAAAGGUAUAGACAAGGCAGGGAAGGACGGCAGCGGAAAGUCAGAAGUAUACAACAAUGAAGAUCUUUCGGAUAUAGACGGACUCUCCGUUGAUGUCUCAGGUCAAAGACUCUUGUUUUCCGACAGUGGUAGUAAAAAGGUAUUCAUCUUGAACUUGAAUACGAACUCAGUUACCGAACUGACAAGUUCAUAUGAGCCCAGUGAUAUCGCCUUCUUCAACCAAAAAUUAUAUUUAUUGAAUAUCAACCCGACGGCUAUUUAUGAAGUCAACAAUUUGGAUACAUCCCCGACUUUUGUACAGCAUGCGACAUCAGCAUACACGGCUCCACGGCGCAUGCACAUUCAAACUGUCAUCGUGUCAAAUUUAGAGGGGGAGUCGGAGGAGGAGGAAGAAGAAGUUGAUGAUUAACUGACAGCAGUUACGUCAGAAUAAGACUUUUAAAGCCGCUAUCCGAUAACCAAUGAUAUGGUUAUCAAAAACAGCUACUGUUCACCUUCGAUACUAUAGCGACACAGUUUCAUGGUACAUUGGUAACUGUAGCAUAGAUUUCUAACAAAAACCAAAAUAGUAUGUAAUCUUUGAUUAUAUUUGCAAAAGGACUUAAUGAUUGGCCAAUUUAUUUUUUGCGCCACAUAGAUAUUAUCAAAGCUUACAUGUUAACCGAUUUAGUACUGAACACUAUUCUCCCGUCACAUAUGCCAAAUUUUAGAAGAAAUAUUUCAUGCUGUAUAAUGAUACUAGUCUUUGAAAGGAAUGCGACAAAGUUUCUCACAAUUUCUUCUCAAAAUUAUAUGUAUUAUUUAGCUCAAGUUCGAACUACAUGUAAACCUGUGAAAGGUUUUCAUUUGAAGUAAAAGAAAAUCAGAAAUAUGGUAUACAGGUACAUAAAUCAUUCAUUAAUUCAUUAUUCGUAAAUUAGCGUUUUACUAUAUAUUACUGCUUCAUAACUUCCACAAUUAAACAAAAGAUAAAGUUAUAUUGUUAAGGAAAAACAUUAAUUUUCAUGAAAUUUGGCAAAUAUAGAAACCUACAUUAUAAUUCAUGAUAAUUUAUGGAUUAACUAAGUUUAGGGACUUGCCUUUUAUACAAGCUCUCUUCAAUAAUUUGUUAUGAAAUGUCUUUGUUCUGUAUUUUGAACAUGUACGUGCACUCUUACUUCGAUAAAAAAUAUUUUGUUGAACGGAAAUAAAUCUAAU